UCUUCUUCGUUUGUAUUUCGUUGUUUCUUCUCUUGUUCUCUGUUUUUUUGGGAAAAGAAUGUCUUGUCAUUCGUAUUCAGUUACAAGCAACAAUUCUCAUUUGAGAAUUAGAAGAAGAGAAUGUUUGUGUGGACUUGAAUCUCCUUUGUGUACUUCUUGGACGGCUGAAAAUCCAGGUCGAAGGUUUCAUGGUUGUGGAUUUUAUAAGUUACAGGGUAAAAAAUCUUGCAAUUUUUUUGAUUGGUUUGAUGAGCCAAUGACAGAACGUGCAAAAGAAGUUAUUAUGUCUUUGAUGAAAAGGAUUGAUGAAUUCAAGAAGAAAGAUAAUGUGACAAAAAAUUGUGAUGAUGAAAUGAAGUUGAAGUUGAAGUUGAAACGAAUGAAAGGCUUUCUGACACUUUCCUGGCUUUUGAUUAUUGUUCUUUUGGUUAUUGUAAUGUUGAAGUAAUUAAAAUGAUUGGAUUAAGGGUGUUUUGUAAUGAUGUAAUUUAGGGUGUUUAUGGUUGAAAU